UUCCAUUACAUGGCAUUAGACUCUUCAACUGCUAUCAUAUCACCAUCUUCUUCUUCUUCUGUUGCUUCUCAUCCAGAGCAGGUUGUGUGGCUGCAGGCUACAGGUAUCCCGUAUCCCUACCCAAGGACUUAAGUUGCGUUAAUUAUUGAUUUGCAUUGGAGAUGGGAAGCAGCCAGAAGGAAGCGUGUGGCGGGCUGGAGUGGAGGGUGCGUGCCAAUGACGGGGAUUCACGGACCUUGGCCCCAGAAUCUGCAGGUCCCUUGGGCAAAGCCUGGGUAUGUGUAGUCCUAAGUGGCCUAAUGUGGAAGGUCCGGAGGUUUUUGGAGAAGGCGUGGGGUAUUGGUAUUGAUGAGCCUAGAAAAGUAAUCCAUUGCCUCAAGGUAGGGAUAGCUCUCACCACGGUCUCACUUUUUUACUACAUGAGGCCUUUGUACCAAGGCGUCGGUGGAAAUGCCAUGUGGGCAGUUAUGACCGUUGUGGUGCUCUUCGAGUACACUGUGGGAGCAACUCUGUCCAAAAGCUUUAACAGGACAACCGCAACUUUCCUUGCCGGAUCUCUCGGCGUGGGCGUCAACUGGGUUGCAACCCAGUCUGGACAAAAGUUUCAGCCCGUAAUCCUUGGAGCCUCCGUUUUCCUCCUUGCCUCUGCGACGACUUUCUCAAGAUUCAUCCCAACGAUCAAGGCUCGCUUCGACUAUGGUGCUUUGAUCUUUAUCCUCACCUUCAGCCUGGUCUCAGUGUCAGGAUAUCGCGUGGAAAAACUGUUGGAUAUGGCUAACCAGCGGCUAUCCACCAUCGUCAUAGGCGCUUCCAUGUGUUUGAUCAUAAGCAUGCUUAUCUGCCCCAUUUGGGCCGGUGAGGAGCUCCAACUCCUCGUCACUCGUAACAUGGAAAAGCUUGCCAAUUCAUUGGAUGCAUGCAUGGCUGAGUACUUCAACGACUGUGGCAAUUUUGCUGGAGACAACGAUAAAGAUUCCCAUAAGGUUGCAUUAGGCUACAGGUGUGUGCUGAAUUCCAAGGCAACCGAAGAUUCUCUUGCCAAUUUUGCUCGAUGGGAACCCGCCCAUGGCAACUUCAGCUUCCGGCAUCCAUGGAAACAGUACCUCAAGGUCACGGCCUCCAUGCGUAACUGUGCUUAUUGCAUAGAGGCUCUCAGUGGUCGUAUCAACGCAGAGACUGAUCAGCAGGCACCUGACUACAUAAAGAAGCAUCUGAGUAAUGAGUGCUUGGCACUAAGCUCCAUCUCUUCAAGCAUCUUGAGGGAAUUGGCGAUCAACAUUAAGAGUAUGAGGACCUCUUCCACAAUACAUUCCUCAGUUGAAGAAUUGAACAGAGCAGUAGAAGAUAUCCAAAGUGCCCUGAAAUCUCUUCCUAACCGGCUCAUUCCACCGCACUUACCAAUAACCAAGGCUCCAGAAACAGAGCACAGACCAUCAAUCACCAGUUCCAUACCCCUCAUUGAGGUUCUUCCUCUUGCCACAGUAGCUUCUUUGUUGAUUGAAAUUGCAGCAAGGAUCCAACCACUAGUUAAUGUAGUGGACAAACUAGCGAACUCAGCAGGUUUCAAGCCAGCAGAAAGUGAGAAUUCCAAUCAGAGCCAAUCCACCAAGGAACCUACUUCAGAAUGCCAAAAUCAUGAGGCCUUGAAGGUUCUUCAACAGGUCUAGGUUCUAAAUGGUUAACUUGGCGGGGGUCUACCAUGUGUAUCAACGCAAGAGGAGAUUGUAUCUUCUGAGAGAAGAAGAAAGAAGAAACAGAGAAAAAAAAAAUAAACUCUGAAAUCUACGUAUUGACAAGUAUUUUAUAUGAGACCAUAAAGAAAUGGAUAUGAAUUAUUUCUCA